AUGAGCAACCUCUGCAUGCUCGGCUAUGAUACUACACAAAAUGGUAUGCUUGCGGCCUUUGCGGAGAGAUGGCAUCUUGAGACAUCCUCUUCUCAUCUACCCCACAGUGAGAUUACCAUCACCCUAGAUGAUGUGGCAUGCCUACUUCAUCUUCCUAUCAGGGGUACCCUCCUUUGUCACAAUAGGCUAACAAAGACGGAAGCUCUGAAGAUGUUUAUUGUUGAGAAGGGGCUAAUCUCGAUGAGGCCCUUGAGGAGGUGGAGAGGACACGAGGGGCCCACAUCAGGUUUAGAUUGCUGCAGAGAUAGUAUAAUGCGGAGCUCACUGCGGCACUGGACUCAGCUCUUUGUGGACACGAGCUCGACGUACACAGACGUCGUCUACCUGACGUACUUAUCGGAUAUAGCAUGUAUCUAUGAGUACAACUGGGGAGCAGCUGUAUUGGUGUACAGUUAUCAUAGACUUAGAAAGGGAUGCUUGUGGAAGGGUUGGAUACUACAACACUUCCCAGAUAUUGUUGGCUGGGGAGAGGUAGAAGAGUACACAGAGGUCAUGCCACGUGCCAGUGCUUUCACCCCCCUUAGAGGGAACCAGGUGUCGGAUCCUUACAGGCGCUCUCUUGACCGCAUGGCCGCUGAGGUCAUCGGGUACUGCUUAUAUGAUGAGCACCGGGAGGCGGUUCUGUUUGACGAGAUAUGUUUGUAUUCUGGAUGGUUGGCCGCCAUCUCGACCAAUGUCAUACGCUACCUUCCGGAGCGCGUCAUGCAUGUGGAGGGAGGUUCUCCUAGACCAGCACACGAGGAGAUACUCCGUGCGAAUCAGGCUCAGUUGGACCACAUUGAGGAUCUUCUUCCUCUGUGUCGUCAGAUAGCUGACAAGGACAUCGGAGCCAUUGCAGAGGGUUUAUUCCCUGAGGGUACUGCUUCUAGGUGUGUGUUGGAUGAUAUGAUCAAAAUGGUAGAGAGUGCAUUUCUGUAUCGUCGACAUCGUGUCACGACCCGUGGGAUGCUUGAUGCUAGGGGUAGAGCUAGCAGAUCGCUUCAUGGAUUCGAAAGGGAUGCGCAUCUUGGUACGCAGGAGGACGCCCGACAUACUCAGUAG